AUGGCGGACGCAAAUACGAAAAGGCGACAAGGACCUAAAAUUUACCAUACAGAAAGUACCAGAAAGCGUAAGAGGAAGGAGUCAGAUCAGAAAAGAGAACAGUCUUGCCAGAGUAACGAAGCGAUAGCUGACAACUCAACGUCCGAAUACGUCAUCAGUGUGAAAACUGGUGACCGAAAGGGGGCGGGUACGAAUGCCAAUGUUACACUUGUCCUGCACAGCUCUUACGGAGACUCAUCCAGAGAAAUUCAUCUGAACAAAUUCCUGAGAAAUGACUUCGAAAAGGGAAGAAAUGAUUGUUUCAAAGUUACGGCAUCUUUUAUUGGUGAAAUAGACAUGAUAGAAUUAUGGCGAGAUGACGCCGGGAAAAAGGAUGAGUGGUUUCUUGAAUGUGUGGAAGUCCGCUGCAAGGCUUCCAACAAAGCAUUCGUUUUCCCAUUUCUCCGCUGGGUUAAAGAAGGUUACCGUUACAAGAUCUGCCAUCUUGAUACGUCACUUCCUCAAGAUGAUCCUUACAAGGAUCAGAGACUUAUGGAACUCAACGAUAAAAAGGAGACCUACCAGAUGGAAGUUCACGUUCCAGGACUGCCGAUACAGGCUAAGGAAAUACCAGAUGAUGAAAGAUUUUCUUGGGACUAUAAGUUCGACCUAGGGAAGCUUGCCGCAGAGGUUAAAAUAAAAGGAAAAUUUGUAGAGACAGUAAGCGGUGAUUGGGACAGCUUAGAUGACCUUGGAAACAUAUAUAAGUGUGAAGUAUUCUCGAAACCCACGCCUCUGGCAGAUGACACAUGGGAUACGGACGAACAUUUUGGCUACCAGCGUAUUGGACGUAUCAACAACUCUCUUAUUACACUUUGUGCAAGGAUCCCAAACAAACUUGCUGUGACCGACGAAAUGUUAAAACCGUUUCUAGAAGGCGCCACGCUAGAACAAGCUAUAGCAAAGAAGAAGUUGUUUUAUGUCGACCUUGCUAUUGUAGAAGGAAUACCCGUGAAAAAUGGACUUAUGGUGUGUGCUCCGAUCGCUCUUUUCUACCAUAACAAGGAGUCCAACUUGGUUCCCAUUGCAAUACAACUGAAACAGCAACCAGCUGAUGACAAUCCGGUGUUCCUUCCAUCAGAUCCUAAAUAUACCUGGCUGGCGGCGAAGAUGUGGUUCAACCUUGCCGACGCCUCUUAUCACGAGUCAAUCACACACUUAGGAUUCACCCACAUGUUGAUGGAGGGGUGCGCACUCGCCACUCACAGAAAUCUGUCCCACUCCCAUCCCAUCUUCAAAUUAUUGGCACCACAUUUCCUCUAUCUGAUAACCAUUAAUGGAUUAGCACUGACUACCCUAAUAACCUCGGACGGCUGGGUUCAAAAUGUGAUGGCGAUCGGAAUUGAUGGCAUGUUUGCGUUAAUCAGAAAGAAACUGGAUACGUGGCGUAUGGAUAUAGAUGGAACGCUGCCCAAAGAGUUGGAAAGUAGAGGGGUACUAUUACUGGACAAGACCAUUUUGAGUGGAUAUCAUUAUCGGGAUGACGCUUUAUCAUUGUAUGACAUCAUCAAAAACUACGUCACAGAUUACGUCAGACUAUACUAUGACAACCCAGCAACAUACAAGGAAGACCAUGAAAUCCAAGCUUGGGCUCAAGAGUUGGUAAAACCCAGGACACAGGGCGGUUGUGGCCUACUGGGUGUUCCUGGAGGGGGAUCGAUCACCAAGGAGUCUGAUCUCGUGUGUAUACUGAACUGCAUUAUCUUUACAAGUAGUGUCGCUCAUGCCGCAGCAAACUUUGCACAAUACGACGAAUAUGGUUUCCCGCCAAACUACCCCGUUGUCAUCAAAGGGAAACCCCCAACUGACAAGACAGCGCAGACGGAGGCAUGCAUCUUAGAAGCCCUUCCCGACAAGUCUUUGACGUUCGAUAUCAUAACGAUCACAAAACUUUUGAGCAGUUUCGGCACCAACAAACUCGGUGAUUUCGAAAUGAAAUACAUUUAUGAUCCCAAAGCUGAAAAGGUGUUGCAACGGUUUCAGAAAGAGCUCGCCGAACAGAGUAGACGGGUGAAAUCUUUGGAAAAAACCCGCGAGUUCUCCUACAAAUGGCUGGAUCCUGAGAUCGUUCCGAAUGCUAUCAGCAUAUAA